AUGGAAGUGAUUGAUAGUGGUAUGGCAAGUAGUGAUAAUUCAAUAAAUGCUUCUAGUGCUGAUGACACAUUAAGUACCACUAUUGCCCAUUUCAAAAUAAAAGGCGGUUAUCCUGCAACGACUUAUAGUUGUGGCAACAGUUGGUCGGAAACAAUUAGUCAAUCAACAACAAUGGAUUUUUCAACAUCGGUUUCUGAUAUGAACAAUAUAUCUAAUAAUAUAUCAUUGGUAUCUAUAUGUGAAACGCGUAGUUCAAGUAUAAGAUCAAGUCAUACUUAUACUGGUCCUUUUGUACUGACAAAGAAUUAUGAUGAUAAUUACGAGUCGCCUUAUUCAAUUAUGAAUAGCUAUUCAACUACUGCACCUGAAGAUAUGUUUCCUGCAUAUCAAUCCAUAUUUUCUGAUGAUGAAAAAGAUGAUUUUAAAACAGAAUCAAUAAUCGAAGAGGUGAAAGAGAAUGAUCAUCCGUCUCUGUCUGCUUUAAAUACGACAUCACCUAUGAUUGAUUAUAAUGUCUGCUGUCUAUCGCCUGCUGGUAGUCUAAAUGAUUGUGGGCCUAGAACAGCUCGUAGGGAUUGGCCUGUCGGAUGUGUCUCCUUUGAAUACCUUAACAAUAUUUCGGCGGAAGAAUAUUUGAUACGAAAAGGUAUCAUGUUGGAGCAACAACGGCCUUAUUUAAAACUCAAUGAAAAAGAUUUAAUAGCAAAUCGUCUACAACUGAAAAACAUUCCUGUUCAUAAUAACAUCCGUAUUUGUCCAAAGCAUCGAAACACAUUCGGAAUAGGAUGGUGUGACAGAGAUAACGUUUGCCAUCAUCCUGGUCAUGAUGUACAACAACAUCUGAGACCAUCAGAUUGCCGCAGAGCUAACAUAAUUAUGUGUUCCAAGAUUGAUCGAUUUCCUAUUGAAGGACCACUCUGUUCGAAACAUCGAAAAAUGCUUCAUUCAAACUCUGAUUCUGAAAUGUAUAGUCAUCCAAGCUGCGACACAUUCGAUAGUGCCUACGAAAUUGAAGACACUCGUGAACAUAUGAAUAAUAUCUUGAACGUAGCUGGUCUCAGUCCUGUUAAAUCACAGAUAACGAAAACUCUGAAGCAACAAAGCAAAAGUAGUGUUCGCCGUCUUCUAAGUAAACUAAAACGUGGUACUCAACCUCUGCAAAGUAAACUAGCUGAAACCUCAGCACCUGGUGAAGGUGAUGAGUUGCUGAGAAUGGCCAAUUUAUCUGAAACCUCUACUCAACCUAAUAUCGAUAUGCAGGUUGAAAACAACGAAAUGGUCGAAAACAUCAAGAAAAUUUAUAAUCUAUACACAGCUCAAAAGAUGCCUUUUGCCGAACAAGUGCGCUUAUUGACAUUAUUACCACGCGCCUGGUCGACAAAGUUGUUUGAAAUACUCGGUAGUAUUAAACCAUCAUCACAACAUGCUGUUUCUGGUCUCGAUGAAUUUGUAACAGAAGGAAUUGAAACUUGGAAGACUAUCUCCAAUAUCGUAUCUAAUUUAUCUAUACCACAAGUGGACCAAUCGACGGUGGUUAUUCACACUUUACCUAAUAAACUAGAUGAUAAAUUGAAUCAUGAUAAUUUAUCUGUAUCUGUAAAAUCAGAUUCAAUUGAGUAUAAUGUUAUUGUCAUGAAAUUUAAUGAGACAAUGUUUGGUAAAUAUAAUAAAAUAAAUCAAAUUCAACGUAUCCAAAAUGAACGAUGGUAUAAACAAUACGUCGCACAACGAGAUGAUUUUCAGAGACGACUGAAAAUGAAUACAGAAAAAUUUCUAUAUCACGGUUGUUCAGAUAUAGCUGCCUCUAAAAUCAUGCAAGGAAAUUUCGAUCGAAGUUUUGCUGGACAGCACGGUACAUUUUAUGGAAGUGGUGUUUACUUCUCAUCCCGCGCAGGAUACAGUCAUUCUUUCGCGAAACGGAACCAAGAUGGUGAAAGGUGUAUGUUUUUUGCACGUGUUCUAAUCGGUUUAACAACUCUAGGAAAGGAAACAAUGAAAGUUUGUCCACCAAAUUAUAAUUCAACGACUGAUGGUGAACAUAUUUAUGUUGUAUUUCACGAUGCGCAAGCCUAUGGUCAAUACUUAAUACGUUAUCAAUAA